AUGUAUCUCAAGGCAACAUUGUUAGCCCCGGUCGCGUUAGCGGCACUUGUCGGGGCAAGCGUGCAUGCACGCGAUGUUGAACCAUGUGCGCAGAUCACUAAUAUGGUGUCAAGUGCUAAUCAGGCUCAAUCAAGCACUUCCAUCUCCCAUGAACUGGCGUAUCAAUGUCUGAUGUCGAUGCCUUUUGAUUCGGACCGUGCAGUUGUCUUUCUGACUCAGGUUCGCAAAAUGCUCGAAUUUCAGUCAACUAUUGACAUUCUGAAGAAUCCACCGUCUGGCUAUGAUAUGCCUGCUAUCGAUCUUCUAGGGGGGAUCGAUUCCAUUCUAGACAAGGUCCGCAGCGGUAGCUAUUCUAGCCAGUUUGAGAUGGACUUGGAUGUUUCUGGUCUCAUAGCUUCUGCACACGACAGUCACUUGGUAUUUCAGUUGUGCUCACAGUCGAUCUUUACUUUUGAGAUUGAUUUGCCUCUUGUCUCUAUUUCUUCAGACGGACUUGCACUUCCGGAAGUAUAUACGCUCAGCGAUGCAAAGGCUCAAAUGAGUGGCUUAACGGAUAUAUCAUCCAUCAAAUCUAUAAAUGGCACUUCUGUUGCCGAUUAUCUUGAGUCAUAUGCAUUUACUCAAAGCCUUCAAGACCGUGAUGCACAAUACAACCGAGUCUUCCCAGCACUACCACGCACCUUCACCAACACUCCUACCAAUGUGAAUGGUAUCUGGGCUGCCAAUGGCGCCUGGACUGAAGGCUCAGAAUUCACUAUUCAAUACUCUAACGGGACCAGUCAGACCGUUCAAAAGACUGCUACUCCAAUGGAGAGGUACUUCUCAUACCAGAAUGGAACGGAGCUAUACAAUAUCAACUGUCUUCCGGAAAGCUUGCCAACAGGAGCAAGCUCAGGUGCAGGUGCUGAGCAGGCGUCUGGAGAUACCGGACUUCCUAGCGCGGCAUCGGGCAAUCCGGAGGGCUCCAUUGCUGGUUAUUUCUCCAAUCUUACUGGCCUAGAGGAUACUGGUAUUCUUUUCUUGCCGACCUUCUCUUCGAGUCCGUCUCAAGUUGCUCAGGAGGCUGUUUAUUUCUUACAAAAUGCCACUGCUGCAGGAAAGAAGAAUAUCUUGAUCGACGUUACUGCCAAUCCGGGAGGCUAUAUGUCUACAGGAAUAGACAUGUCUCACAUUUUCUUCCCGGAAUCAUCCCCUUAUACUGCAACACGUUUCAGAGCGCACGAUUCUGCAAAAUAUCUGACUCAGGCCUAUUCACGCUCCAGCACAAAGGACACGAGCAACAUCUUCGCCUACAGGGAAAUGGUUACUCCAAGUCAAGAAACUGGGUUCGAUUCCUGGCAAGAUCUCUAUGGUCCUCAUGAUAUCCUAGGAAGUUCAUCGUCUAGCCUGCUGGCCAAUUUCAACUACACAGCUUCCUCGACCAAGGUAUACCCGGUUGAUGGCUAUGGUUCCAUCCCGCUCAACCCGGACAAGGCCCUCUUCUCUGCAGACAACAUUGCCAUCAUAACAGACGGCGACUGCGUCUCCACCUGCGCCUUCUUCGUCAAGUUGAUGAAACGUCAAGGUGUUCGCACAAUUGCCUUCGGUGGUCGUCCCACAAACCAGCCUAUGCAAGGCGUCGGCGGCGUCAAGGGCGGCCAAUCUAUCGGAGUCGACUAUAUAAACGGCUACAUCCAGCAAGCAAAUACACUGAUUCGCAACGCAGCCAACACAUCCACCCCGCUUCUGACGCAGGCCGAGUGGAAGACGUUCAAUGAUUCGAGCCCUAGCCUUGCAGAAUCGUAUGCGUGGAGCGGCAAUUUGAAUCUGCGCAAUGAGUACGAUCCGGACGAUCAUGAGACGCCGUUGCAGUUCGUAUACGAAGCGGCGGAAUGUCGACUAUUCUACACUUUGGAUAAUUAUCUGCGGCAGGAAACGGUUUGGCAAGCUGCUGCUAAAGCGAUGUUCGGGAGCUUUGGAUGUGUGAAUGGGUCUACUGGUGGAGAAGGGAGCUUGAAUAGUAGUUCUUGA